GAAAGAGUUGCUGAGUGAGCCAGUGAUCGGCCAGAACAGGUCCCACACGCCACAGACUGAACACGAGUUAACUGUGAGGGUCCGAGGCUGGGAAGUGACAAGGGCAGGCAACAUCAGCAACGGGAGGAGAAGGAGGAGGGAGAAUCUCUGAGAAGGGUCGGGGACGUAUUGGGGCGACGGGUUAAAAGUUGAAGUCGUGAGAGGAAUUAUAAAGCGGAAAAAUAAAUGUAACCUCCUGAGCAAGUGUCGACCGUUAUGCAGAGGACAUCAGGCUCAAAUACAGCCGUUAAUUUGCGUGUUAACAGGAUGCAGCAGCUUCUAAUCCAUUCAGGCUGAAGGGCUUGAGGGGAGUGUAACAGUCCGAAAUGAUCGCUGCUUGAGUCCCACUCAGUCCCCAAUUUUCAGCGAGGGAAACAGCAAUGGAGCUCACUGCGGUAAUUAUCUGCCUGCACUUCUUCGCUAUUAGGCAGGCAGUUUCGGUGGAACUUCAAGGAGACAUGCCACAUGUGUGUGUGGAGCAGGAAUUGGCCAUGGUGGGGCACAGACAACCUUGUGUUCAAGCCUUCACCCGAAUGGUUAAAGUGUGGAAACAGGGAUGUACUGCACAACGGUGGUGUGUAGGGUAUGAAAGGAGGACUGGGUAUUAUACCGCAUAUAGACAGGUAUACAGUGUGGAGCUCCAGACUAUCUACAAAUGCUGUCCAGGGUGGAACCAGCAAAAUGAUGAGCCAGGCUGCUUACACCCUACAUGUGCUAUUGGAACAUGUUUCAAUGGAGGCAAGUGUGCUGAAGGAAUCUUUCAGGUUUGUCAGUGUCCAGAAGGAUUCCAGGGCCCUCGUUGCCAAUAUGAUGUGAAUGAAUGUGCCACAGAAAAUGGAGGUUGUCAAGACCAGUGCUGCAAUACCAUUGGCAGCUAUUAUUGUAAAUGCCCGACUGGGCAGAGAUUAGCGACUAAUGGGAAAUUUUGUGAAGACAUUGAUGAAUGCUCUGUGGUCAAUGGAGGCUGCCAACAAAGUUGUGUCAAUACCCAAGGGUCCUUUUACUGUGAAUGCGAGUAUGGGUACAAGAUCCACGCAGAUGGUCGCACAUGCAUCACUGUCAACUCCUGUUCGACGAACAAUGGUGGCUGUGAGCAUGAGUGCGUGCAGAAAAGUGAAAACCAUUACCAGUGCCUUUGUCAACAGAACUACCAGCUGAAGAGAGAUGGGAAGCACUGUGAAUUGAAAGAUCCAUGCAGUGAGAGGAAUGGUGGGUGUGGCCACAUAUGCCGCAGUGAAGCUGGAAUUGCACAUUGUGAAUGUAAUCUUGGAUAUCGGCUAAUGUCAAAUGGAAAAAGUUGUGAAGACAUUAAUGAGUGUGCCACAGGAAUUGCAAAGUGCGCUCAUCGAUGUGUCAAUACCCUGGGAUCAUUCAGCUGUGUCUGUAACCCUGGAUUUGAGCUCGGUGCUAAUGGGAAGCAGUGUUACCGUAUUGAAAUGGAGAUCGUGAACAGCUGUGAAAGGAACAAUGGAGGCUGUACUCAUCACUGCAAACACACAUCCAAUGGACCCUCCUGUUUUUGUAAUCAAGGAUAUCUACUAGACUCCGAUGGGCGCACAUGUCUUGAUUCUAAUGAGUGUGAGACUGAUACAGCGUGCUGUGCACAAGACUGUAAUAACAAUCCUGGAGGCUAUGAAUGCAGCUGUCAAGCGGGAUACAGGUUGAACGUGGAUGGAUGCAGCUGUGAUGAUGUGGAUGAGUGCUCAGCAGACAAUGCUGGCUGUGACCAUCUGUGUAUAAACACUCUUGGAUCCUAUCAGUGUACAUGCCAGGGCGGAUACAGACUGGACACAGACAGGAAAAGCUGUACAUCCCUGGAGGAUGAAUUUGAGAGGGAGGCAAAUGAAGAAGAGGAAGAAAUCAAACUCGCUAGAUUUCAAGAUAUUUUGUUAAGAACCCCUCCGCAGCUUCUUCACUACAAAUCCUCCUUGACACCCUUCUUUCAAGAAGAUCUGAGGAGCGAACUCAGACUUGUGCAGAAAAUCAUUUGCUUGGAUAACACCUUUGGGAAUGACUGUAGCCUUACCUGUAAUGACUGUAUUAAUGGUGGUGUCUGCAAUGCUGAGGGAGACGGCUGCAACUGUCCUGCAGGACAAACAGGCCUCAUCUGUAAUGAAACUUGUCCCCAGGGCACCUUUGGAAAGGAUUGCAACAGCAUCUGCAAGUGUCAGAAUGGAGGAUCAUGUGACGCAGUCACAGGAACAUGUCGUUGCCCACCUGGGAUUGGUGGACAAUUUUGUGAAGAUGGUUGCCCUAAAGGAUUCUACGGAAAGAACUGUAGUAAAAGAUGUAAUUGUGCCAGUAAUGGCUAUUGCCACCGAUUCUAUGGUGCUUGUUUGUGUGAUCCUGGACUAUAUGGACGCUUCUGCCAUUUAUCUUGUCCGAAGUGGGCUUUUGGACCUGGAUGUUCCAAAGAGUGUCAGUGUGUGCAUGCACAUGCAGUGGGCUGUGACCCCAAAAAUGGCACAUGUAUUUGCAAACCAGGUUUCCAUGGCCUUGGAUGUGCGAAAGAAUGCAACCUUGGCUUAUUUGGUGUUGGCUGUGCAUUCCAUUGUGACUGUCCAAUUGGUGUGCCAUGCAAUCAAGAGACUGGCACAUGUGAUCACCAGUGCCCGCCAGGGUUUCAUGGCGACCAGUGUCAUUUGCCUUGCAGAUCUGGGAGAUUUGGAAUUGACUGCAAGCAGAAUUGUGACUGUGGAGGGGCACCUUGUGAUUCACAGAGUGGUCAGUGUAUUUGUCCUGCUGGCAAAAUGGGAUUGUCUUGUGAAAUAGAUUGCCCAGCUGAUCGGUGGGGUAUAAACUGCCAAUUUGCCUGUCCUGAUUGUGAAAAUGGAGGUGUCUGUAAUAAGGAGAUGGGGACAUGUGACUGCCCUGCAGGAUUUAUUGGAGCACUUUGUCGGGAUAGUGGGUAUCCAAUUCUAACUGCACUGAAGAAUGUCUUUUGCCCUCCAGGUUAUUAUGGGCCAGCUUGUCAGUAUCUCUGCUACUGUGGAAAUGACACUCAGUGUAACAGUGUAACUGGAGAUUGCGUCUGUGGCCCUGGAUGGAUGGGACGUGACUGCAAAGCAUCUUGUGACGUGGGCCAGUGGGGAAGUGGUUGCAGCAAUUCCUGUGACUGUAACAAUGCUGAUGGGAGCUGUGAUCCUGUGACUGGCCACUGUCUGUGUGAAGCAGGCUACACAGGGGAUCGCUGUGAACAGAAGUGCCCCGGUGGAAGUUAUGGUUCAGGAUGUAAGUUCAGAUGUCAGUGUGAAAAUGGAGCAGCUUGUGACCACGUCAGUGGCGCGUGCACCUGUGCAGCAGGAUGGACUGGAACAUUCUGUGAAAGAUCAUGUCCUGAUGGAUUUCAUGGCUUUGACUGUCAGCUGAUGUGUAACUGCAGAAACGGUGCCAGAUGUGACCAUAUGACUGGAGCUUGCCUCUGUCCUCCGGGUUGGCUGGGACCACAGUGCAAUCAGCCAUGUCAGGGACAGAGCUUUGGUCAGGGCUGCAGCCAGAUCUGUAACUGUUCCAAUAAUGCAACAUGUGAUCACGUGACUGGCCAGUGCCUGUGCACUCCUGGAUGGACUGGAAAUGCUUGUCAACACAGAUGUCCCACUGGCUCCUAUGGACUGAACUGCUUACAGCUCUGCAUCUGCAGGAACACAGCCCAGUGUGACCACGUGAGUGGAUUAUGCAUUUGCCCCAAAGGGUGGACUGGUAUUGCUUGUGAACUUGAGUGUGAAGAUGGACGGUAUGGGGAAGGAUGUCAGCAAUACUGCAGUUGUAAUAAUGGUGGAACUUGCGAUCGAAACACUGGAGAGUGCAUUUGUGGACCUGGCUGGAUUGGAGCAAAGUGUGAGACUCGUUGCCCAAGUGGAUAUUAUGGACAGCAUUGUGAAGAGAAAUGCGAUUGUGAAAAUGCCAUUUCCUGUCACCAUGAGUCUGGAGCUUGUCAGUGUGUCCGAGGCUGGAGGGGGCGGAGAUGUGAGAAACCUUGUUUGCCUGGUUACUAUGGAGAGAGCUGUGGCCGGAGCUGUAAGUGCCACCCUGGAAUUGCGUGUAACCAUGUGACUGGGGAGUGUGGAUGUCCUGCUGGAUUCACUGGCAAUGGUUGUGAAGAAAAUUGCCCACCAGGCACCUAUGGACAGAAUUGCAACCACGUAUGCCGGUGCUCAGGAGUGAAUGAGGAGUGUCACCCUGUCACAGGAAAAUGCUCAUGUCUACCUGGUUAUUACGGGGCCCGCUGUGACCUCCGAUGUUUGGAGGGAACCUAUGGACCCUACUGUCAAAGGAGUUGCAAAUGUCAGAAUGAGGGACAGUGUGACACUGUAACUGGAACUUGCAGCUGUCCUCCUGGCUUUAUUGGAGCUGACUGCACAAUCACUUGUCCAGAAGGCUAUUAUGGAAAAGAUUGUAGGAUGCUUUGUCCGUGUGGUGAAGAAGGAAGAUGUGACCCAGUGACAGGAAAGUGCCACUGUUGGCCUGGUACAAUGGGUUCUACCUGUCAGAAAGUGUGUCCGCAGGGAAGAUUUGGACUAGGCUGCUUGGAGAUCUGUGCCUGUCAGAAUGAUGCUAUCUGCCACCCAAAAGAUGGGACAUGCUCUUGUGGACUUGGGUGGACAGGUCACCAUUGUGAAAAAACAUGUCCUGUGGGAAAAUAUGGAGCCAACUGCCAGCUGGACUGUUUGUGUUGGAAUAAUGGAAAGUGCGAUCGGUUUACUGGCAGCUGUCAGUGUCUGGAUGGUUUCUACGGCCCAUUAUGUGAACACACUUGUCCUCUGUGGUUUCAUGGUUCAGUAUGUGCUCUCUCCUGUGACUGCAAGCAUGGUGCUGCUUGUCACCCUAGCACGGGCCAAUGCAUCUGUCCACCUGGUUACCAGGGUGAUUACUGUGAGAAAGUUUGUGAAGCCGGACACUUUGGGGAGCGAUGUCAGCAGAUGUGCGAUUGUGAAGGUCUCACACCAUGUCAUCCAGUUACAGGAAAGUGCUUUUGCCCACCAGGUAGAACUGGCGACCGAUGUGAUAGUGAAUGCCCAGCGAACCAAUAUGGACCUAACUGUUCCUUGACCUGUAAUUGUGCUAACAAAGCACACUGCAAUUCUCGCAAUGGAAGCUGCAUGUGCUCCUUCCAGUGGAUGGGUCCGUCUUGUGAAGAAGGUGGUCCUUCACUGUCGCUGAUUCGUCGUGAGUUUGCUCAGUCGGAAGAACAUCGUCUGCAAAGAACUUUGUAUCGCUCAUAGUUUGAUCACAGUUUCAGGUUGCUGAGUAGCAAUGGGAUUUGUUUACAGCUGAAGAGUUACUCAAAAAAUUAGGAAACAUUAUGAGCUCUUGAGUAACAGCCCAGAAUUUACCCAAGUGACCCUGAAGGAUAACCAAAGGCUCUGUACUUAAUUUCACUAAUCGUAUGACAUCCUGUGGCCAUUUUAACAUUCUGAUUCCAGCCUCGAGCAAUUCAAGCUCCAGUGAAGAAUGUUGCGAACAUGUGCAAUUUUGAGAAUUGGUCAGCUCUUGGUGCUUUAAGAUGCUUCCAUUCAUGGGAAGAUUAUAAAUAUUAUACAAAGGGAAAAAGAGACACUGAUAAUUAAUCAUGAGCAGCUGCAGAAGCUUAAUACUGUUGCAACAAAGGGCUCAUGAACAUAUGUUCGAUUAACUAGAUUUUCGGAUUAAAAUACUUAACUUGAUUCACAAACACUUGCCAAUCCUGUGCAUGUUUUGACGUCAUCUCAUUCAUUAUUUUGAAAAGAUAUUGAAUCCUAGUCUAAUUUACAUGCAUUGGUUUGUAUAUCACCUCAUUUGCAAGGAUGGCUUUGUUAUUGUAAUAUGUUAAUUAACAAUCUGUUCAUUUUUGAAACAUAUUGAGAAUUUUACCAAAAGUCUUGCCAGCAUAUCUAUUUUGAAGCUUGAUAUCAUACACGAGCACAAUCCAGUCUGGACAUGGUAAUGGUUGGACUGAAACUAUGAAUGUGCCUUUCAAAAUCUGAUUCCAUUGAUUUCAUUCUACUUAGAGAGCAGGGGGAAAGGAUGGAGAUAUCUGGUUUCACUAAAUAAGAAACAUAGUCACUGAGAAAAAUGCAUUUAAAAUAAUACACUGGGAGCCCUGAGAAAUAUUUGCAACCCUAAACAGCUACUGUUCAGCACAAAUUUCUGAAAAAGAAAGUUUCCAUUUGUGGCACAAAGUGAUCUCUUGUUCUUUUUCAGUGACUCCCCUCAUCUGUAAUAGCAGCAUUUUGUUUCUGCUCUCUGGAAUUCCAGAAUGCAGACCUACGUUGUUUCUUUUUAAAAUGUCUAUUAUCCUGCUCCCUUUAUAAUUAAUGGUUUCAUUUCAUAAUGAGUUCUAAAGCCAAUGACAGAUAGAGGCAACAGUCAUAUUGCAAUUAAAAAGGAAGGCUAAAAUCCAUACUUAUGGCAUUUUGAUAAUUACUUCAAAUUUGCUGUAUGAAAGCUUAAAUUCCCUAGAUUCAGAUUCUGGCACUGGGAGGCAGCAAUGCUAACCACUAAGCCACCAUACCACCCCAAUGAAAUGAGAUUAAAUAUUGUGAAGAUAGAGAGAGCAGGAGAGGACUGAGCAUAAGAACAAUAUCUGCUAAAGGUCUAAGGCAAUCAGUACAUGUUAUCCUUCAGUUCCAUUCUCAUCUCUGCAAUUACCUAGCUGCCUUUGUAAAACAUGUGAUCCUUUCAGUGUGCACACCAACACAUUACAAGAUCUGCCAAAAAAAAAUGAAGUGAAGGAGUUGGCUUAAGCAUUGCUAAAAAAUAUUGGAAAACUCCAAAAAUCAAAAUGGCAGGACUGAACUGGCAGCAAACACUAGGGUAUGACAUAUGAUGGGCAAAUAACUGUUGGAAAAACUAAAAGAAAAUAAAAUUUCAUGUAAGAUUACACAGAAAUUUCCACAGAGACACGGAAUUUGAUUCAAGGAGUCCAUGUUGAUGUCGAUACUGCAAAUGGGUAGCAAUUCUAAAUUCAACAUGUGCAUCCACAUUAAUUCCCAAUGCUAUAAUCCUUUAUCUUGCCAAUUUUUAAAUGUUGUCAUGCAAUUGCUGUCUCUGGUAGUACACUCCACAUAUUUACAACCUAUUGUAUAAAGACUAAUUCUGUGAUGUUUCUUCAGUCUCUUAUGUUUAAUAUGUGUUCUCAUCAUAUACUCCUCAAAUCAAUUAGGAAAUACACCUUCCUAUAUACUGCUUUGUAAUGUUCUAUAAAAUCACCUCAGUCUCCUUUGUGCUCAAAAAAGCCACCUUUUUCAUAAUUACAUUUCCUUGAAACAGUCAACAUUGUUAUGCAUGUGUUUUGAUUUUUCUUUAUCCUCAAUAUCAACAAUUACAGUGGAUCUCCAAACUUAAAACAGAAAGUGCAGGAGAAACUCAGCAGGUUUGGCAGCAUCUAUGGAGAGAAAAACAGAGUCAACAUUUUGAGUCCAGUGAUCAUUCUUCCCCAGAUGCUGCUAGACCUGCUGAGUUUUGCCAGCACUUACAGUUGUUUCAUAUCCCCACCAUCCAUAGUUCAUUAUUUUAUGUCCAAAAAUUGUCUAAUGGUCUUAUUACUGAUUGUACAUAAGUAACUUUGCAUCUCAACUUGUAUAUUCUAAACUACUGGUCAUAAAAUUAAAUAGUCAAUUGUGCUUAAACCUUCAUCCAUGUGAGGGGCUUCUUUUAAUGUCUUGUGGAUCUGAACCCAUCCCCAGCAUCCCUCUUUGACUCUUCAUCACUUAGCAUUUUUUCAUUUUUAGCAUGUUUUUAUACUUUUUACAAAAAUAUAGCACCUCAUAUUUUCUGACAUUCAGUUCAAUCUGUCACAUUUAUGUCCAUUCCAUCAUCAUAAAACUGUCCCCUUCCUUGGGUCUUCAAAAUUAUUUACUACACCUGUUUCCUAGCCUUCUACUCAAACCCUGGUUAACCAAAGAAGCUUGAGCACCAAAGACUCCAGAACAUCUCUAUCUGCUGCUAACUAUUCUGUGGAACAACUCUGUUUUUUUUAAUCUGCUUUCAAUUUCACUUUUCUUGUUCCCAUAUCCUUCAGUCUUCCCCAAUUACCUCCUGCAUGGUGCCUUGUCAAAGGUGCUCUGAAAUUUAAAGUAUAACAGAUUAGUUGUGCAGGGCAGACAAGUGGAUUGAUCAGAAGUGUAUGCUGACUGUGCUUUGAUAAGGGAAGAUGUGUUUCUGAAGAACUGAUAAGUAUACAAGAUGCAGAUAUUACAUGUAUUCAGUACAGCCAUUGAGUCAUUGAUUCACCACUAAUUUUCAAACCAUGUUACAAAUGAAUGCACCACUCAUUUCAUUUUCAUCUAGAAGACUGUCAGAAGCUCAUUUUUCUGUGUAUACUCUUACUUUGAUAAAAUAUUAGAUCAUUUGUUUAUACAUUACUAUUUUGAGAGAAUGCACCGGAGAGUCAGUGAUAUCAGCAACACAACUGUUUGAAUCAUAAUGCUUUGCCCUGGUGGUUUCUAGUAACCUUUAGGAUUGUAGCUCUUGGCUUGACUGGAAGCUGGCAGAGAAUUCUUUUCUUGACAGUGUUCCUUUAGCACUAUGGAAAAUUCCAAACAUAAUGUAUGACCCAGCAGAUAGACACUCAAGCAAGCCAUGUGUACAACAACCUAUUUUAUUUAUCUGCAUUAAAUCCUUCAGAUUACAUUUGAGUUGUAAUAAUGUCUGUGCUGUGUAUGCUUGUUUAUUUUAUAAAAUCAUUUGACUGUAACUGCAUACUGUACUUAAAAUAUUAACAUGGAAAUUGGUUUACUCAGCCACAGGAGUACACUAUAAAGACAGCCUGUAAUACCAGGAGGGUAGCACCACCUGUUAUUUGAAUCAGUUACACUUUAUUUAUAUUUUGAGUCAAUUUGAUUCUGAUUAGAUAUUGCAUUCAAAUUCAGUAUUGGAUUUAAGAAGUCAAAAUGUCUAAAAAAAGUCAGGAAUAAUGCAUUUGCCUUUUUUUAUAUAGCAUUGUAAUGUUAAUAUUAGUGUUUCCUAAUUGUGAUAGUGACAUCUAGUGGCAACUUAACUAUAUUUCACUGCUUAGAUUUUAAUUUUUCGGUACAUCUGUAACAGGAAUAGUUGCGGAGAACGAGGGAUCAUACACUUGGGAAUAUUGUCAUACCCUGAUAUACUGACUUACUGUUUGGUUCCCAAGCCGUCACCCUCAAGCUUACCACCUGCCUCCUGGUCACUACUGCCCUUCAUAACCCUCCCAGUCUCCACUCGCCUCCUACUUGUUGACCCUCUACCUUUGGCAGUUGUUUGCAACUUUGCCAGGCAAGUGGUAUAACCUUAGUCUCCCCCUGCUGCAACCCCUCCCCAUUUUCUUUUGCAUUGUCGUCAGUGAAAGGCAAAAUUAUGUAGGGUGAAUAUAUCUCGUGGUGGGUGCUGAUGAUUCAAAACUGUCAAAGCUGAAUGUUAUUGCCAUGGUGUCUCAGAAUUCUGAUAUGUUAUCAUUUCAACUCAAUAAUACUUUUCCAAAUACAUUCCACAUUGAUCUUGGUGCUGUUUUUAUUCACAAUUU